AUGGACUUUGCUGCACAACAAGCAGGUGGUUAUGAGAAUGUUAGGUUCAUACAGAAGGACAUGUACAACCAUUUUUGGACUGAGCGUAGAGUGCAAGUUGUCGAUGGUGACGCAGAAGGUGCUUUGGCUUACUUAUGUGGUAAAGAAGAGCAAGAUCCAAUGUUUUAUUAUAAAUAUGAUGUAGAUGAAGAAAAUCGAUUAAAUAAUUUGUUUUGGACUGAUGGUGGAUCUCAAACAGAUUAUCUGUAUUUUGGUGAUGUGUUGAUGUUUGAUACUACGUAUCGGACAAAUGCGUACAACAAACCUUUUGUGAUACUACAAGGUGUGAGCAACCACUUUCAAACGACUGUUUUUGGGUGUGCACUGUUAGCUUCCAAGACAGUAGAGACAUACAUAUGGGUGUUAGAGAAAUUUCUUGAUGCGAUGGAUCACAAGAUGCCUCUGUCCAUAAUCACUGACGGGGAUAAGGCCAUGUGUAGAGCAAUCAAAACAGUUAUGCCUACUGCUCGACAUCGAUUAUGUAAAUGGCAUCUUAAAAUGAAUGCUCUUUCCAAUAUCCACAUAGAGGGAUUUCUUCAUAGCUUUGAAAAAUGCAUGUCAAUGCAAUGUACACAAGAAAUGUUUAAAUUAGAGUGGAAGAACUUUGUAGACAAGUAUGGCCGUCAUAAUAACAAGUGGAUUGCAGAUGUAUAUUGCAAGCGUACUCUUGUAGUCAAAGAGUAA